GUAUAUAAAUACUUGAUCUGUCGCAGAUUACCCAUACUGCAAGUUCAUAGACGAUAUCGACGUUUAUUUUAUCGUUUCGUUAACGUUAAUAUACGUAACUGUUCCCAAUUGUGCAAGUUGCUCAUCGAUAAUUAUAUUUGUUUUGAUGGCUAAUUUCGUAAGAUAACGUAAUGUGUUAGUACCUUUAAUAAUAGCUGAUAGAAUGCUACUUUCUCAUCGGAAAAUGCGUGAUAAGUUGCUUUAAUGUAAUGUUAUUAAUCAUAUAAACCUCUGAUAUACAUAUACACGCAUACAUAAGUACAACAUUUCUAAGCUGGGUGUGACACCUGUAGUUUAUCAACAUGAAGGAAGAACUUGAGGGUAAUGAAAAUAUAAAGUUACCAGAUAUAAUUGAAGCACUGUUAAGUUCUUUAGACGAUAAAAAUCAUGAUGUUAGACAAUCUAUAAUUGAAUCGGUUGCAAAGAUAAGUGAGAAGAAUCCAGAUGUUGUCAUUCAAACAGCUGUAUGUUUUUGGGAACAACAUAGAAAGAUAUCUACAGAACACAAGGUUUCUUUAUUGAAUGUAAUGUCCAGUAUGUGCAAAUAUAUAUCUACAAGUUUAAAUGCAGACUUAGCAUCAUCUGUUGCUGACUUAGCAGUAAAUGAAUUAAUAGGAGAGACAGAGACUGGAGCAGCUGAAUUGUUGGUUGCUCUUUCUAAAACACAUUGUACUCAAGCUAUGGGUGGACUUUUAAGUAGAUUAGAACCUGGAGUACUCCCUCAUCAUGCAUUAGUUUUCACAAUAGGAAAGCUUGCAACAGCCAAUCCAUCUGGAAUAUUAUCUUUUGUUAAACUAACACUAACAAUUAUUUUGCCAAUGUUGAGCCAAAUACGUGAAGAAAACUUGAAGCAGGCAAUUUGUUUUACAACUGGCAGAUUAUGUGAGGCGAUAAGUGAUUGUAUAAUAAAUACUGCAGAAAUCAGUAGCCAUACAUACCAGGAAGAAAUUUAUUCUGUCUUUGAUGUUUUGACUUACAGUUGGUUAAAAAUGUCACGUGAUUUCAAAACAAUUGAAGCUGUUUUAACAGCAUUAGUUCCUAUGAUACCUCUAUUGCCUCAAGAAGUAAUUAGCGAAAAUAUUGUAAAAUUGGUGCCUGUAUGCUUAAAUCUUUGUAAAAAGCAAACUGUACGUUUGGCUGCUGUAAAAGUUUUGGCUGUAGCCUUGAAUCAUGCGACGAUUAUUAACGAAAAAGAAAAUCUCCAUCCAUAUAUAGAACAGAUACACCAAAAUUUAUCUGGAUUUGUCAGUAUAUUUCCUUUUGAAGCGUCACGGGAUGUACUUCUUACACAUUAUGAAGUUUUACAGUGUUCUAGAUCAUUGGUUAUUUUAUAUCCUGAAGAAGGUCUCGAUAGAGUUUUACAGCAAGUGAAAUCUUCGAAUACCAGUCAACGUGUUCGUGCUCUGAUAGUUCUCAGACACCUCAUAAAUACUCUUCCACCAGAGGAUGAUGGGUCAUUGAACAGAAUUGCGCUUACUCUGCAAGAGUCUCUCGGAGAGACUAGCGCUCUGCAGGUAGUCGGUGCCAUAGUGGCGCUUGCAGCAAGACCGACUUUCUCUCUUUCAUCAUCGCAGAGAAUUACAUUUAUUCGCUACAUGGUAUCUCAUUGUGGAAUCAAAAACAGUGACACAGAAGCGUACUCGGAUGCUUUGCAUUUGCUCGCAACAACGGUCGAUGGAGCUGAAUUGUGGCUGUGGCCGUGUUUGAUAGAUGUUUUGCUAGACCCGAUUUAUGUAGCAUCUGCCGCAUCCGUGUUACGUGCAUUAUCCCCUUUAGCUGCGAAAAUAAUUUCUAGCGAAAUUUCUUCAAUGCCCGAGAGGGAUUUUCCGGGUACAAAAGUAUUGGGCAGAUGUAUUGAAUUAUUAGGUGAACCAGUUAACCGUUUGGCAGCAAUUACCUUUCUCAAAGUGGCGGCAUCCCUAGUAGGUCAUCGAUUGAAGCCUUACUGGGAUAAAAAACUGUCAGAACUUUCACAGUUUUUACAAGACGAUCAAAAAAGUAUUCUGAGGAAUUCCGCACAACGAAAUCUCAUUUGGGAAGAGAAGGUGGUAGAGUGGCUAGAAGAGAGCAUAAAGCUGGAGGGAGAUUCAUGGGGUACUAAACUCGCUGAUGAGCUGGCUUUGAAGUCGAGCGCACCCGGUGUAGCACCGUUGUUUGCGUUGAUGUGCAACAAUCAUGCUCACAUUAUUCUACUAGUUGAACACGCGCGCUCUCAUGGCGAUAACAAGGAGUACGCGCGAGCGGUUGGUAUCUGCGCCAAACGACAUCUCAGUACCGUAUUGAAAGUGAUGGAUGAAUUCUGUACCGCGGAAGAUACCCGGAAGGUCCCUGUGCGAAUAUUAGGUUUUAUGAAAGAUUUCGUAAAAGAUUUCGCAAGAGCUGCUGACGCUACCGAGGCAGCGAAGACGGGUUUGUUGCAGUCUUAUGCGGAAAUUGCUCAAAGAGCAGAUCCGGAGGACUUUUUCUCAACGUAUGAGGAGCACGUGUUACCGUGGACUAUUAAAAAUCUGACUGCAUGUAAAGAAUUGUCUACGAAAGAAGCGGGACUAUCGGUCUUGGAACAAUUGAGCAAAGCUGUUCAUCCUACUAGAUGGUUCGAAUUUAAGGGCUUACACAUGAAAGGUACCACUCUGGCUCUUCUAAUGGGAAUGUUGCAAUCAUCAACUGGAUAUAGACCGUUGCAACUUUAUCCGGCGAUAUUGAAAGCGGCCGUCUCUAUAAUACGUAUACCUCCGACUCUGAGUCACGAGGAAAAUGAAAUCUUUCUCACUGGGAUACUAGAUAAGACAAUCGGGGCCACUACAGAGAUUGUUUUACUAUUGCAACCAGAUAUACUGCAACAAGUUACGGAUGAACUAAGCACUUUAUCCAAUGAAAUUAUAUCCGACUCAGCGGACAUGCUAGCCACAUUAAUUGACAUAUUGCUACCUUGGAUGCAGACUAAAUCGAGUAUAGAGAGGAAGACCACUCUAUUAGUUAUGGAUACUGUACUUAGGUCCUACUAUAAUUCUAUAAAAUAUACGUACCCAAACGGCAAAUUGGAUGCGGGAAAGCUUGUGGGAAGAACUUUAUCUUGGUUCGCGAUCGCUGAAUCUUCGUUGAGACCAUUAGUAAUAGAUUGCGUGCUUCUUUCUCUGAAUAUUGCAUGCCGUCAUCGCUCUAUUAUGUCCGACACCACGUUGGACGAAAACCUGAAGCGAAUCAAGACAGACAUUACUACUCAUGAUAAGUCAAUAAUUAACGAAGCUAUGAAGAGCCUAGCCACAGCCGUAUCGGAAAGAAUUCCUAGCAGCGAGAUAAUUGGCUUAGCGGAAGGACUGAUCGAGGGCUUGUUGUUUGGCGGAGAAACGGGUUUGGUAGUCGGCAUAGCUCUAUCGCAACAUUUCAAAAUUAAAGGGUCAGAAAUGUCCAGAAAUGACGUUGGUUUGGUUGAUAAUAUUAUUACGCAAAUGAGACACAUGGAAAAUGCGAACUGUAGGACCACUGCAGCGGCAGCUAUAGUAUUGUUGAUGGCACAUCAUCCGGAAGAAGUGAUUGAACGUUUGUUACUUCAGCCACUACCGUUGGAUCGGGCAACCGAAUUAUGCUGGAAAGAAAUCGGUAACGACGAUCUUGGACAUCGGGCUCUAGAGUUGCUUCUGAUAAAACUCGAGGCCAACAAUUUGUUCGCUGAGUCUACUACGUCCACGCAUCCUCAGAGGAAUAACACUGCAUCUUUCCAAUCUUUGACGGCUAUAAUAGCUUUGAAACACCUACUUCAAACAUCGAACGCUGAGAGUCUCAUUGACAAGCAACUAGCGAAAUUAUUGUCAAUUCUUCUUAAGUAUCUCGCCGGUUGGCUACAAGUCGACGCUCCCGCGGCAGUGAUGAGCACCAAGUAUGGAUAUGUGCCGAAUCUGGAAGCGAGGAAGAUAAAACCGCAUGCAGAAGUAUAUUCUGUAUUAAGUAACGUGUUGAUCACGGUCAAUCCGAACGCUGCGUCGACUUUGUUGACGGAAAUCGUAUCCUUCUCCACGGCCAAAAUCGAAGAGAAUGUAAUUUUGACCGUGCGGAAAUUAAUCGAAUGCAUAUUAACUAGAAACGACGUUCUUUCCAACAUGGCACAAUCUAUAGGCAAGCUGAUGACCAGCACAAUAGCGAUACAACGGGCAGUCGCUGCUACAUUCUACGCGGAACUGAUCGGCAAAGUGGACUGUGGAGUUAUAUGGCUUGACGCCAUAAUCAAUACCUUAUACGAGGCUAAGACUGAUUCGUCGUCUUUAGUGCGUACUCUUGCUACCACUGGACUCUCUAGAAUAGCCUACGUGGACCAAAAACUGAUUGAUGUAUAUUUUGACAAUUGUAUGGACGCUCUACUCGAUGGACUGGAGGAGCCGGCUAGCGGCGAAGGAGGCAAUGAAGUGGUGCUCGAAUCGUUGCGCGGCCUCGCGGUACUAUUGUCCGUUCAAUCCAAGACACCUAUCAGCCCGCGAGUGGUGAUGGCUCUGAAACCAUUCAUCGAAAAGGAAAAUGUGGACAUGAAAUUCGCCGCUAUAAGUGUCUUAGGCGCGAUAGCGACUAAUUGGCAGACAACGGCUGCAUUGGCAGACGACAACGAUUUGUCGGACCAUCUUCUGUGGUGUUUACCGUGCCUAAUAGUAAGACUGGAAGACGCGAAUAUAUUGGUAGCCAAGAUCACGCAAGAAACCUUAUACAAAAUCGCAAAUAUCCUGCAAUGUGAGAAAUUAUCGCGCACGAUACGUAUUAAUUUGGGGUCGCAAGUGAAAUUCAAUUUUGAAACUUUUGCGAAGGACUUGGUAAAUUGCUUGAAGGAGGAACUUCCGCAAAGAGCAGAAGAACUUAGAAAUGCUAUUGUCCGAGGAUAUUCCAGAUCAGAAAAUCAUCAUACCAGAGCUACAUCUGCGCUACUUUUAGGUUUGUUUGGCUCCCCAAGGUCUGAGGAUAUACAAAGAUUGUUACAACUCUUAAAUGAUAAAGAAAAUAUUGUGAAGAUACGCGCUUCGCAAGCUCUUUCUUGUUGUUUUUCGUUUUAAUGUAAAUGUACUACAAUAUGUUCCUCAAGUCAAGGAAAAACUGUUAUUUUUGUGAUAUCGCUAUAUAGAUAAUUAUAUACCAAUUAUAUGAGGGUCAUAUGUAAAAUAUAAUCUAUUUAUGGAGUUAAUUGUAAUGCAUAUUCCUAUAAUGCACUUGGUAAAAUCUCUUUUUCUUAUAAUUUUUGUAUAGUUUAAAUUAUUAGAAUUAUCUGACGCAACAUAUAACAGUCAUAUU